UAGGGAAGGGGGCAGCCGACACGGGAGAGAGGCUAGGGGAGAAAACAAAGGAGGGAGCCGACCUAGGGAUGGAAGAUGGGAUUCACAGCGACGGCCAUCAGAUCACAGAGAUCGGAGGGCAUUUAGAGCUAUCGGGUAGGAAGAAGAAAAUAGAGGGGCUAGGGCACAAGUAGUGGGGAGCUGGGCUUUUAGAGUAACGGGCCAACUUAUUGGGCCAACAAAAAACAACAGUCGAUAAAUGGGGUAGGAGAGCUAUGAAUUUUAAAGAAAAAAUAUAACUAUCUCAGAAUAUUUGAAACAAAAUUUUAAUUGCAAUAUGUAGAAGAACUUAAUCGUGCCCAUAUAUUGGACCCAUCAUGCUUUUAUGUGACUCCAAGGACCCCCGAGUCAGCACUGAUAGGAGAAAAGCAGUGAAAGAUCUGUGUUAACUAGGAUUACUUAUAUUGGACCCAUCAUGCUUUUAUGUGACUCCAAGGCCCCCCGAGUCAGCACUGAUAGGAGAAAAGCAGUGAAAGAUCUGUGUUAACUAGGAUUACUACUAUGAAACUAAAAAUAAGCUUUCAAGUUGAAAGGGAAAUUCUGGAUCCGGUUGCCCAAUUUCUAGUUUUGGGCUCUCCUGGGUUUGUGCGCGCGUGAGAACCCCACUACUCCUAGGCCCAUUCAACACACUAAGAAUUAGACAACACAUUUGCACACUCCAAACUCUUUAUCUUUUUCCUAUGUGGGACUAAAGGUAACACUCAAUUCUGAAAUACACUCAAAACUCCUAGCAAGAUCUUGGUGGAGAGCUCUGCUUAUCAAAUCCUUUAGAGUGUACGAGUUCAGGAUCUCUUAUCCUACUUUUGCACAAGCAGUGAUACUGUGAGAGAGGCCCUCCACAUCUGCAAGUUAUGUCCCAGUUUCUAAGGGAAUAAUACAAGCUUGGAAGUGGUGCAACGAUGACAUACCUUAUACAUAUGACGUUCCAAAAAGUGUUGUUAAAUUUCAUCAAGAUCUUACCAACAAAGGUUAGAAGGCUUUGGUAUAUAGUGGGGACCAUGACAUGUUCAGCCCUCAUAUUGGCACACAAGCAUGGAUUCGAUCACUUGACUCCUCAAUUGUAGAUGACUGGCGUUCUUGGUCAGUAAAUGCACAAAUUGCAGGGUGAGCUUCAAGUAUUAUUUUCAGUUUCGUGACUAGCUUAGUUUUUCUAGGAGCUAACUUCUGUACUUCUUAAAAAUUUGUCACUUCAUUGAUGUUAAAUUUGUCAUAUUCACGAGCUUGACAUUCGCAACUGUGAAAGUAAGUUUCUUUCUGCACAAGGUUUAUGAUGAGAGAAUCUUAUGGAGAGGGUGAUUAUUAACUUGAACUAGUUAUUGCCCAUCUAGGGUGGAGGUCACACUGCACCAGAAUACAAACCCAAGGAAUGCCAAGCUUAGCAGUUAUUGCUGGGUUAAAUAUUUCUAUAACUCAUUUGCAUACCAUGAAAGACCCUGUGGUUUGAUAGGUAGCUGAUUUUGAUUUUUUUCCCCAUUUUGUGUAUAAAUUUAAGUAGGUUUCUUGAAGCACUCACUUUUCUCCAAUAGGCGUUUGGUAACAAGUUUCACUCAUCGUCAGUUAGAGACGGAUCUUGUGAGAAAAAGGCAUUCCUAAAGAUAAGUUUACAUUUGUAUAUACAUGUGAAAAUAAGUGCAUAUACAAUUUUAUUUUUUUCAUUUCUUUAUUAUUGUAGCUUCUUUAGGAGUUUAAACCUUUUAUACCUUGUACCAAGUCCUGAUUAUUUAAUUAGACUAUGUGGAUAACUCUCUUCAUCUUCAUUACACGGGAGAAAAUUCCUCUAAAUAUGUUAAAUGGUUGGUGCUGACCGUUUCAACAUCUUCAUGGGAUUUCAUCUUUCAAUAACUUGUUGCAACAACCAUAUGGAUUUAUGUAUGGUUGUAGGAAAAUUUCUCUGAUGCAUUGGUACAAUGUUGUGUUGAGAAGGUAUCAAAGUUUAUGACCACGGUAUUACAUAAGAAGGGCUGCUCUAUGAGACAGCUCGUGUCUAAAUUAGCUGGAACAUUUUUUCUAGCUAAUAGUUUCGUAUGAAAAUACUUGUACUCUUGAAAUGUAUUUCAAAUUCAAGUUCAUAAAUAACCGUAUACUGAAUAAUAUAACAAAUAAUUUUUAGUAUGAUUGAGCAUCAGUUGACAAUGCUUUUGGGUCUGUGGUUUCUAAAUCUAAGCAGUGUUUAAUGCAAGUCUGUCUCCAUCUUGACAUUGGAGACAUACUGCCAGCUUUUCUAAUGGACAAUUAAGAUCAAUGUACUCUAAUUGACAAUUUAGAUACAAUGUACUCUAAUAGACCAUUUAGAUUCCUGCAAGCUAUAUUUGUUACUAUGAAAGUACUUGCACUGUUGAAAUAUAUUUUGCAUUCAAAUUUACAAAUUGCUGAAUAUCGAAUAAUAUGACUAAUAAUUUUUAGUAUGAUUGAGCAUCAGUUGACUAAUGGUUUUGUAUCUGUGGCUUCUAAAUCCUGUAAUGUUUACCAUCAUAGGAGACAGUCAGCUCUUAAACCAUUGCUCUGAGGUACCCAAUUUAUUUAUAACAACAAUGCACUUUAGACUCCUAUUGUUGUGAUGAAUUUCACUUUUAUGUUUACAACUUACGGCAUGUUUAAUACUAUGACCAGCAAUGGUUUUUGAUAUGUGACUUGCUAAAUCUAAUAAAUGUUUAUGGCAAGUUGCUAAACCACUGGUACAGAGAUACCCCCAUUUAUCUUGUGCAUCAAUAUACUCUAAAUUGACUAUUUACAUUCCUGCACAUGAAUUCCUAUGUGUUCUCAUGUUUUUUGUUUGAGAUUUAGGGAUCCCUAUGUGAUUUAGAAAGUUAUAUGCUUGUAAUGUGCUGUAAAUCUUGGUUUAAAGAAAUAAUAUUGUUCGUUGACCUAAAAAAAAGGAAGAAUAAUAUGACCAAUAUCUUUUACUAUGAUUGAUCAUCAGUUGACUAAUGGUUUUGGGUGUGUGGCUUCUAACCUAAGCAAUGAUUAAUGCCAAGAUUGUCUCCAUCUUCACAUAGGACAAGUCCAGCUCUCAAACCACUGGGCUGAGAUACCUUAAUUUAUUUAGAACAUUAAAGUACUCUAAAUUGACUUUCAGAUUCCUGCAAAGUAUAUAUACAUAGAUAAACUCGGAUAAUAGCCCGUAGUUAUAAACUCAUGGCACCACCAUCUAUACUCCUGCUUGCCCUAUUCCUGCCAAUAUUAUUUCCAGGCUCCCAAGGAUCUCCUCCUGAGCCUGUAGUCAAGUGCGAGUCUGGAAACACGUCCUGCACUGUGACCAAUGCUGUUGGCAUGUUUCCUGAUAGAACCACCUGCCACGUGGCAUCUGUCGCCUAUCCUUCAAAUGAACAUGAGCUCCUUCGUGUUGUCUCUGACUCUUCUUCUAAGAAGCAACACAUGAAGGUUGUCACUGCCUACUCCCACAGCUUCCCCAAACUUUCGUGUCCUGGUGGGUCCAGCGGUGCUGGCCUCGUCAUCAGCACAGAACAUUUGAACAAAGUGGUGACUGUCGAUGCUGUGAAGAUGAGAAUGACAGUAGAAUCAGGGAUCAAGCUGAAGGAUUUUAUCGAUGCAGCAGCGGAGCAUGGGAUGGCAUUGGAAAAUUCUCCUUAUUUUCUAGGGGUGACAUUGGGAGGAUUGCUGUGUACUGGGGCCCACGGAAGCUCAUUCAUUGGAAAGGGUGGAGCAGUGCAUGAGUAUGUGGUGGGCAUGAGACUGGUGGUGCCAAGUCGGAUUAUGGUUGAUGGAUACUAUGCAAGGAUUGUGAACUUGGAGGAGGAUGAUGAGGACCUUUUGGCUGCUAAGGUUUCUCUUGGUGUCCUUGGUGUUAUAAGUCAGGUGACCCUCCAGUUGGAGCCAAUGUACAAGCGCUCAAUCAGCUAUCGGGUCACAGAAGACACAGAUUUUGAGUACAGUAUCGCCUCUUAUUCCAAAACUACUCAUUAUGGUGAUAUUGGAUGGUACCCUUCUCAAGGAAAGGUGGUGUAUCGCGACGAUGUGAAGGUCCCAAUCUCAGUACCAGGUGAAGGCAUAAACGAUUUGCUAUCAUCACAACCCUCAUCCUUGGUUAUGGCUGUCCGAUCUGCAGAAAACCAAUUGGAGGGAGAUGAAGAUGCAAAAGGCAGAUGCCAGAGGGCUGAAACAGAGAUGAAAAAUCUUCUCGCGAUGGGUAUGGGGUUGAAGAGUAAAACUGGUAGCAUCCAUAACUUCACAGGAUAUCCUGUUAUUGGAUACCAAAAUGAUAUGCAAGCUUCAGGGUCAUGCUUGAAUAGCCCUGAAGACAACCUGGACACAAUCUGCGUAUGGGAUCCUCGAAUCCCUGGACUUCUCACUCAUGUAACUGCACUGAGCAUUCCAUUCUCCGACAUCACUAGCUUCAUCACCGAUGUAAAGAAACUACGUAAUAUGAACCCGGAGGCUCUCUGUGGACCUGAGCUAUAUGAUGGAGGCAUACGAUUGAGGUUUGUCAAGAACUCCACUGCUUAUCUUGGCAAAACCUAUGAUUCAGUUGAUAUAGGCCUGAUCUACUAUCGCUCUCAUGAUCCUAAUCAACCAAGAAUAUAUCAAGAUGUGAUUGAAGAGAUUGAGCAGAUGUUAGUGUUUAAAUACAACGGACUGCCUCAUUUUGGUAAAAACAGGCCUGUUGGGUUUGUGGGAGUGAGGAAUAAGUUGGGGAUGAAGGGGGAUAAGUUUGUGAAUGUGAUGGAGAGGUAUGAUGAAGAGGGGUUGUUUUCUUCGGAUUGGAGUGAUGCAGUGCUCGGAUUGAGGGGGAAGGUUUUGAUGGUAACAGAGAAAGGUUGUGCUGUUGAAGGUUUGUGUAUUUGUUAUGCAGAUGAGCAUUGUUCUCCUAAUAAAGGGUACUACUGUCAGCCAGGGUUGGUGUACAAGGAGGCUAGAGUUUGUAGGAAGACAACUAGAAUUGCUUGUGAAGAGAGGGAAGGGGUGCUUGAUUCGAUCUUAUGAACUAUCGAUGUGACAUUUUUAAAAUUGUAGCAACAAAUGCUGAAACCAAUGUGUUGGGUGUUUGUUGUUUGAAGAUAGUUCCUAAUGUUGGGUAGCAAAGCCUAUGAAAUGAGAUGAAUAAGAUUAAUCUAAUUUUUUUUU